AGAAUUACGUAAAAGGCAGCGUGAGCAGAAACACCUGGAAAUUGAAAUGGAGCUUGAAAAACAAGCAGAAGAGAGACGCAAAGAACGAAGUGCAACAUUGAAAAAAAUUGAAGAGGGCGAGGAAAGAGAAGAAGCGCAAUUACAUGAAUGGGCAAAAAAGAUUAAGCAGUUACAGGAAGAGGGUGAUAAAGAAAGAUUGAAAUUCGAAAGAGAGCUGGAAGAGGAAAUCAUAAAGACCAGAAAAGCGAGAGAAGAAAGGCGCCGUAGUAGUUCUGUAUUGGUGGCGUCUGGCGACCCGUUGAAAUCACCGAGAAGAGGUUCG